UACUGGGGAGUGUCGCCGGUCUUAACCAAAAAACCGAAGUGACCGCUUUCACGCUUUUCUCUAGUGCUACGCACAGACAAAAUGUGUUAGAAUAUAUUUUUUAUACAAUCCUAGCUUAUAUGUAACUGUAAAUAUGUCGCACUGAGCAGCUGGGUGUAAAAACAUCUGAAAAGAAAAAUCCAACAAGGAACUACACGGCAUGUUGUGAUUACUCGAUCUGUACGACACGUGGCGAGAUAUGUCAACAUUGUCAGCUGACGGAUAACGACAUGAGUCGCGAUGCUUGUAUCGUAAAUUAUUUAACGAAGCAGUUCCUCUGCUGCACUACGUUAAUUAAAAUGGAUUUUAUGGAAUACGAAAAUAGUGGUCUCGUGUUAGAUAUCCAAAAGCAAAUUUUGGACAAUACGAUAAAUAACGACUUGAUAAAACGAUAUCCGAUAAAAACGUCGUACCAGAAAGCAUUUUUGAAAUUGCUUAUGCAAAAGAUAGAGAAAGGCGGCGAUGAAAUUCACGAUGAUUUAUACGCAGCGUAUUGUAAAUUAAUAUUAUUGCCGGACGAAGAAUCUGUGCAUUAUCGUCAUUUUUUAAUUGAAAACGGAACGUUAAAUUGCGUUACAUUGAAGGAGAGUACAAACUUGAUCUCCAGAGGUACUACAGGCUUGUGUAGCUGGCAGGGUGCCGUAGUGUUGAGCCAAUGGUGCGCAGAGAACAAGGAACGCUUUUGCGGAAAAGAUGUAUUGGAACUUGGAUGUGGAGUCGGACUGACUGGUAUGAGCGUAAUUAGCGCAUGUUCUCCAAGGCGGUACAUUUUCUCCGAUUGUCACCCGACGGUGCUGGACGUGCUUCGUGAGAAUGUAAAGCUCAAUUUCCUGUCGAGUGAGCGAAGUGGACUAUCGAAUGCGUCCGAAACGACGUCGAGGCUGCAGUUGCGAUUGAAGUACGAGCAGACCGACGUUCAAGUGAUAGAUUUGAGAUGGGAAGAUAUAGAUAAACACAUGUCGGAGGACUCGUCGCAGCCCGACGUAAUUAUUGCCGCCGAUGUUCUGUACGAAAGCAGCUCGUUCGGUUCGUUGACGUCGGGAUUGAAGUGCCUCUUAACGUCGGAUAAUUUCGCUAUUUUUGCCGCAACUAUUCGCAACGAAGACACUGUCGCGCAGUUCUUGGAACAUUUAGAAAAUCACGAUCUCGCUUUUGAAGAGUGUAACUCACCAACACGGACUAUGUCGAUACAAUCGAUCGACGCACCUGUUCGGAUAUUGAAGAUUUUUCAGAAGAUUUGACAUAGGUUUUUUUUACUUAGAUACGAUUAAUUUAUCUCUAAUCAGGCAAACAAUUGUUAAUCCAGUUACAGACUAUAAUACAAUUGGUAAGUGAUGUGGAUGCAAUUAAA